GUCAACGAGUCUGCAUCCAGCUAUCUGGAUACUAUAGUCUGUUUAUGUUUAAGUCGUCUCUCUUCACAUACGUGUUGUUUUGUUUGGGACAAUUUUCAAUUAAAGUUCGCGAGACAUGAAUUAGCUCACAGGAGUCCGGUUCAGCGGCGCUCGGGGGCGUUGAAGAAGUGGUUGAUGUAGGCAGCUGGCCUCAGUAUGUGUGCAUCUGUCAAGUACAGCGCCCGAGGGCCCGCGCUUAUCCCGCGAAUGAAGACCAAACAUCGAAUGUACUACAUUGCCCUCUUCUCGGUGGUGCUGCUGGGCCUCAUUGCCACUGGCAUGUUCCAGUUCUGGCCGCACUCUAUAGAAUCGAGCACGGACUGGAGUGUAGAUCGACAUAGCGUCCACGACGCUCCUCUUGUGCACCUGUCGGCCUCGGAUCCCAUUCCAGAACGGGGGGACCUCAGCUGCCGUAUGCAUACCUGCUUCGACGUUUAUCGCUGCGGUUACAACCCCAAAAACAGAAUCAAGGUGUACAUUCAUCCUUUGCGCCGUUAUGUCGAUGACCUCGGAGCCCCCAUCAGCAGCACUGGCCUCUCCCGGGAGUACAAUGAGCUACUCAGUGCCAUCUCUGAUAGUGAUUUCUAUACUGAUGACAUCAACCGGGCUUGUCUCCUCAUCCCUUCAAUAGAUGUCCUCAACCAGAAUUCACUGCGCAUUCGAGAAACUGCCCAGGCUCUUGCACAACUUCCCAGAUGGGAAAGAGGGAUGAAUCAUUUGCUUUUCAACAUGCUACCGGGAGGUCCACCAGACUACAAUACAGCACUGGAUGUUCCAAGGGACAGGGCACUUCUUGCAGGUGGUGGCUUUUCCACAUGGACCUACAGGCAAGGAUAUGAUGUCAGCAUCCCUGUCUACAGCCCGUUGUCUGCAGAGGUGGAUCUACCAGAAAAGCAACCAGGACCCAGGAAGUAUUUCAUCCUGUCCAGUCAGAUAGCUUUGCACAUGGAGUAUCGGACAGAGUUGGAAACGCUCAAAGCUGAGAAUGGAGAGGCCAUGCUGAUCCUGGACAAGUGCACAAACCUCUCGGAGGGAGUCUCAUCUGUCCGGAAACGUUGCUGCAAAGGCCAGGUGUUUGAUUAUCCCCAAAUCCUUCAGGAGUCCACCUUCUGCGUGGUGCUGCGAGGUGUGCGUCUGGGCCAGGCUGCUCUCAGUGAUGUCCUACAAGCCGGUUGUGUCCCUGUUAUCCUUGCAGACUCUUAUAUCUUGCCUUUCUCUGAAGUGCUCGACUGGAAAAGAGCUGCAGUGGUGAUUCCAGAAGACAAUUUAUCUGAAAUGUACAGCAUUCUGAAGAGCAUUCCUGCAAAGCAAGUGGAAGAGAUGCAGAGACAGGCCCGCUGGUUCUGGGAAGCAUACUUCCGCUCCAUGAAAAACAUUGUCAUGACAACACUGCAGAUCAUCAAUGACCGCAUAUACCCGUAUGCUGCCCGUUCCUAUGAAGAGUGGAAUGACCCUCCUUCUGUGAAGUGGGCGAGUGUGAACAGCCCCUUGUUCCUGCCACUGAUUCCACCACGUGCCCCAGGAUUCACUGCUGUAGUUUUGACCUACGACCGCAUAGAGAGCCUCUUCCGAGUCAUCACGGAGAUCUCCAAAGUGCCCAGCUUGUGUAAGCUUCUGGUGGUGUGGAACAAUCAGAAUAAAGACCCUCCUGAAGAAUCACAGUGGCCAAAGAUUACAGUGCCUCUGAAGGUGGUGCGCACGACAGAAAACAAGCUGAGCAAUCGCUUCUUCCCUUAUGACGAGAUUGAAACCGAAGCCGUUCUGGCAAUUGACGAUGACAUCAUCAUGCUGACUUCUGAUGAGCUGCAGUUCGGCUAUGAGGUUUGGCGAGAAUUUCCAGAUCGACUGGUGGGAUAUCCAGGGAGGCUACACCUCUGGGACCACGAGAUGGGAAAAUGGAAGUAUGAAUCCGAAUGGACCAAUGAGGUGUCUAUGGUGCUGACUGGUGCUGCGUUUUACCAUAAGUACUUCAACUAUCUUUAUACUUACAAGAUGCCUGGAGAUAUCAAGAACUGGGUUGAUGCUCACAUGAACUGUGAAGACAUUGCGAUGAAUUUUCUUGUGGCUAAUGUCACUGGCAAAGCUCCAAUCAAGGUGACUCCCCGGAAAAAGUUCAAGUGCCCGGAGUGUACUGCUAUUGAUGGGCUGUCUCUGGACCAAACUCAUAUGGUGGAGAGGUCAGAAUGCAUCAACAAGUUUGCCACCGUUUUCGGGACGAUGCCGCUGAAGGUGGUAGAGCACAGAGCCGAUCCGGUGCUUUAUAAAGACGACUUUCCUGAGAAACUUAAGAGCUUCCCCAACAUUGGCAGCCUUUGAAGAUCAAAGUAACAUGAGCGAGCCAUUUCUUGACUUGAGAGGACUUUUGGGGUUUCAGAUCUCCCCAUUUCAGGUGCCGGUAGCGCUAUACAGAACUUGGGGGGGACUUGUUUAAUGUCACAAGGGGGAUGAAAUAUUUUAAUUCUUGCACUGCAGGAAGAAGCCAAGGAGUACAUUUCUUUAAAAUGUUCGUAUGCCGUUCUUUCAGACCAGAAAGAAGAGAAGGCCUUCUGUUGGGACCGUUUUAUUAAUAAACCUGUAUGUAAAGAGAUGCAGUCUGGGAAAGCGGAGUUACGCGACAUUUCAUGUUUUUAUUCACUUACUGAACGAGUGCACGAUGAGUGAAUAUGGCAGCUUAUCUUUUAAUAUACAUUUUAAUUCUUGUUGGUGGGGAUAACGUAGCUGGUGGGCAGUCAUCCAAGUAUGCGAUAUCUAGACGUCUCUUGUAUGUGUUCUCACCACAAUGUGUCUGUGUAUAUACUGUAUGUGCGUAUGUAUAUAAAAUACUGGGACUGUCA